UGCUAUUUUGCAUGCCCUACGCAAGUGUCAUAAUUGCUCAACAUAAUAUUAUUUUGAAAAAAAUUAUCACUAUUAAUGUUUUAUUUAUUUGAAUUUCAGUUAAUAUGUACAACAUAAAAGGACCAAGUAAAAUAGUAGCAAAAACUACAAGACGAGGUUUAUCUCAAAAUAUUGAUAAUUUACGGGAUAAUAACAAAAAUAAAGUUUACAUGGAACAAAGUGAAAUAUCAAAUGUUCCAAAACCUGUAUUUCACAAAAAAUAUUCUACAAUAACUAGUCAACAGGAAGUAAUAUCACCUCAACAUGAAGAAAUUAUAAGAUACAUAAAUGAAUCCUGGAGUUCAAUAAACAACGAAAUUGAGCUGCAAACACUAGAUUCAGAUAAAAACGAUGGGCAACCUGUAAUGUUUUAUGAGGACCAAUCUGCGCCGCUUCCAGACUUUAAACCUUUUGAUCUUGAAUCUUGGUGGGGUAAACGUUUGUAUGCAUACAUAACAAGUACCACCCCAACCUCAAGUUAGUGCAUAACAAACCAGAGAAGCAGAUUUAUCUGGCAACUGAUAUGAAAUAAUAUUACCUCAAUUUUUAUUUUAUAUAGUUUGUUACAUAUAUUUGUUAUUAGAAAAUAUUUCAGUAAUGAAAUGAGCAAUAUAUUGUGUAUUUAGAAGAAAUUUUCUAAAAUAAAAGUACAAAA